AUGACGGCUUUACUGGGGGAGGCCGCAACUGACGGUGGCGAGACUGACACCAAGGGCAGCAACGGCCGGGGAAAAACAGAGCCAGAGGAAGGGAAAGGGAAAAAGAAGGGCAAGAAGAACGGAGGGCAGGAGGGGCUAGUAGGGGGGGUGUGGGAGUCGAUGGUGGGCGGGAGCAAGAAGGAGCGGCGGGAGCGGGCGGCGAUGGUGGUGGGGGGCGUGGAGCUGGGCGUGUGGAUGUUUGUGACGUACGCCGGGCAGGCCAUUGGGCUUGAAACCACCUCCGCGGAUGAUGCUGCUCUCAUCCUCACCGUCUCGGUGGUGCUGGUUCCGUUUCUGGAGGCCCUCUCAGGCACGCCCAUCAACCGCAGCGUGUGGAUUGCCACGCUCCUCGCUUGCACCGGCAUGGUGAUGUUGGAAGGCGGAGAGACCAUCACAGCUGUUGCAGUAGCAGCCACGCCUGCUGACAUCAUCGCCAGCUCAGCAUCAGCUUCCGCUAACGUCAUCGCUGACACAGCGGCAGCAGCGAUGGCGUCAGUGCCGGUGCAGUGGAGCCUGCCUGUUGGCCACGUGUGGUGCCUCAUUGGCGCCGUGGGCUCUGCCAUCCACGUGGUGCGCUCCGAGGUCCUGUGUGCGCGCUACGACCCGCUCAUCCUCGUGAUCCUGCAGCUGGGCACCACAGCAGCCAUGGGCGUGGUGUGGGUGCUGCUCUCGCUGGCAGGCAUCGCGUUCACAGCAGGGGGGAUUGCAGUGGCGGGGGGAGACGGCAGUGGGGCAGUAAUAGCGUGGAACCAGCUUCUGGCCGUGGCUGCUGCUGCUCCCAUUGGCAUGGCGCUGCUGGCUGGGCCGUUCGGAACAGGUAAGAGAGGGAAUGGGAGUGGCUGGCGGGUUGGUGCCUGUGUGUACUACUGGGAUGAGUUGCUGGAGUGUGAGGCAUGUUGA